AUGGUACCAAGCCUGUUUGCAGGAACCAAAGGUGGUGGAGGAAGAGGAGAAGGAGGAGGACAGCGCGCAAAGGGCACGCGCAGAAGUCCUCUGAGGAAGGAAAGGAAGGAAGUGCAUGAAGGAACAACAAACCUCUACCAUUCAAGACUCAAAGGUAUUUCACAAGAAGAGGGAAAUAAAUUUGUGAAAGAAGAAUAUCUUCAGCGGACAUGGAAGGCUUCGUGUUAA